GGCGGCCGCGGAGGAAGCGGGCUGAGCUGCCGCGGCCGGCCUGAAUCCGACGCUCCUCCGUUUCCCGCGGAGUUCCUUGAUCCUUGGCUCGUUCCGUCCCGCCCCAAGGUUCGCUGUAUCCUUGGCCCUCUAACCUCUUUCCCGGCUCCCGAAGCUCUCGACCUCGACGUCUGCAGAACGAAAUGGUCACAGCCAUGAAUGUGUCAGAGGAAACAGGGCAGGUGUUACAGCCCUACAACUUUGAGCUGUUCCAGGACAUGAGGCCCUUUUUGGAGGAGUACUGGGCAGCCUCAUUCCUCGUAGUUCUGAUCUACCUGCUGCUCAUCUUUGUGGGGCAGAACUACAUGAAGGCACGGAAGGGCUUCAGCCUGCGGGGGCCUCUCAUCCUUUGGUCCUUCUGCCUUGCAGUCUUCAGGUAAGACACUC